AUGGGGCUGCUGACUGGGGAUACGCUGGGGUCCCUGGCCGUGGCCGUGGCCACCUUCCUGCUCCUGGUGGACCUGAUGCACAGGCGCAGAUGCUGGCUGCCCCUGCGGGGCAACCUGCUGCAGAUGGACUUCCAGAACACACUCUGCUACUUUGACCAGCUGCGGCGCGGCUUCGGGAACGUGUUCAGCCUGCAGCUGGUCUGGACGCCCAUGGUCGUGCUCAGUGGCCUGGACGCCGUGCGCGAGGCACUGGUGUACCACAGCGAGGACACAGCCCACCGGCCGCCUAUGCGGGUCUAUGAGCCCACGGGUUUCCGGCCGCCCUCCCAAGGUGUGAUUCUGGCGCGCCACCCGCGCGAGUGGCGCGAGCCGCGGCGCUUCUCCGUGUCCACCCUGCGCAGCUUCGGCCCGGGCAAGAAGUCACUGGAGCAGUGGGCGACCGAGGAGGCCUCGGGCCUCUGUGAAGCCUUCGCCGACCAUGCUGGUGAGACCUUCAGCCCCGGCGCCCGCGUGGAUAAAGCGGUGAGCAACGUGAUCUCCGCCCUCACCUACGGGGGCCGCUUCGAGUACGACGACGGCCCCUUCCUCAAGCUGCUGGAACGACUGCAGGCGGGAGUGGAGGAGGACCAGGGCUUCCUGCGCGAGAUUCUGAACUCCAUCCCCAUGCUCUUGCGCAUCCCGGGACUGGCCAACAAGGUCUUCUCAGCACAGAAGACCCUCAUGAUCCUAAUAGAUGAGCUAAUACAGGAACACAGGAUGACCCGGGACCCAACCCAGCCACCCUGAGACCUGACUGAUGCCUUCCUGGAUGAGGUGGAAAAGGCCAAGGGGAGCCCCGAGAGCAGCUUCAAUGAUGAGAACCUGGGCAUGGUGACAUCUGACCUUUUCGCUGCUGGGAUGGUGUCCACCUCAGCCACGCUGACCUGGGCCCUCCUGCUCAUGAUCCUGCACCCGGACGUGCAGUGAUGUGUCCAACAGGAGAUAGAUGAGGUGAUAGGGCGGGUGCAGGGACCAGAGAUGGGGGACCAGACCCACAUGCCCUUCACCAUGGCCGUGGCCCAUGAGGUGCAGCAUUUUGGGGACAUCAUCCCACUGGGCUUGCUUCAUAUGACGUCCCGAGACCCUGAAGUGCAGGGCUUCCCCGUCCCCAAGGGGACAAGAUUUAUCACCAACCUAUCGUCAGUGCUGAAGGACGAGAAGGUCUGGAAGAAGGCCUUCCGUUUCCACCCCGAGCACUUCCUGGAUGCCCAGAGCCGAUUCGUCAAGCAGGAGGCCUUCGUGCCCUUCUCCGCGGGCCGCCGCAUCUGCCUCGGGGAGCCCCUGGCCCGCAUGGAGCUCUUCUUCUUCUUCACCUGCCUCCUGCAGCGCUUCAGCUUCUCCGUGCCUACCGGACAGCCCUGGCCCAGCGACCACAGGGUCUUCUCCUUCCUGGUGACCCCAGCCCCCUCCCAGCUCCAUGCUGUGCCUCGCUAGAGGGAGGAAGCAUCCCCCUGCCCCACCAGCUCCUCAGCAGGGGCCUGAUGGGCCAGUAAACCAGUUGGGUGGCUCCAUCCUGGCUUCUGAGUCCCCUCAGGGCCCCCUGAGCAGCCCCUGGCCGUGAUGGGGCCUUAGCAGCCUCCCCAGGGCCAGCCCGUACCCCUGCCUGAGCCAUCCUUACUUUGCAUUUGAUCCCAUUUGAGAGAUGGGGAUAGUGAGGGUCAGAAGAUCACAGCUUACCCCUAGUCACCCACAGGGACCCAAUACUGGCGACUUGGGUUAGUGACAAUGUCUGUACUUAGGUCCUGGCUCAUGGCGGGAAGAGCCAGAACAAGGGGCUGAGAGCUCUCAGCCGGACACUGGUGGGGGGGGGCAGGCCCCACUCAGCCUGGACACCCACAUCUCAGGUCCAACGCCACCCACCCCA